GAGCCGCUGUUUGGCGGACGGCUGUGGUCGGUGGUUCCAGCUAAUGUGGCUAACACAGUGACUCCCAGGACCUCGUCGUUACGUUAUUGGCUUUUAAACCACUUUAAUUUACGCGCAUUCGCUGUAGAGACAUUUGAAUGAAACAGGGAGUACUCUCCACUGCCAUACAGCGGCUGUCACGUAGUUUUCUUGCCUCUACCUAACUUUGCUACGCUCAUUUAGCUAAUGUAACAAGCAACCCAGGAGCUAGUAAAAGCUAGCCCGUUGUAAGCGGCGUGGACCUGACGCCAGUUCCAGUUUCCGGUCGCUAACGUUACUUGAGUUCAAUCAUCGGCUGAGUCAAUGAAGAUCUAUACAUAGCAGAAAUAUUACCCCUGCACUGCAGCUUUCGACCUCACGAAGAUGGCUGAUCUUUUCUUCAUCCACCUUCUUCCUUCUUUCCCUCGCCCUCUUUUUUUUUUUUUUUGUAAAUAAAACUUUAUUUAAACCACACAGAACUACACGGGAAGGAUCAGCACAUCCACACAGUGUCAGUGUACAGAGGCUUUUAAGGCAUUCACUUGCGUUCAAAUAUGAGUGCUUUACAUUUUCAACCAAAUUAUUUUCAACUAAAAGAAAGUAGUAACUAUUAUUAAGUAGCUAACUUUCAUAAAAAUAACUUUUUGUCAUAGAAAUUGAAACUUUCACUGUAUCCUGACGUGACCACAGAUAAUCUCCUCCUAGUAGCCUACUACUGAUGGGAUUUGUAGUAUUUGGAGUCCACCUGGGGGAAUAUUUUAAUUUUACAAGUUAUGCCAAUGAGAGAAUGUAUAAGAAUGACUUCUGUUCAUAGGGUUGACACUCUUCACUGUUAAUCUGCCAGGCUACUGUAUACAGUUAUGGAAUGACUAAAUCUUUUAGACGAGGUCCCUGAGACUACAUCUUAUCAAAUACGGGUCCACAGACUGAUGUAUAUAAGUUUGGGGGCCCUUGACACCAGAAAGCCACUGAAGUAGUGAACUAGUUGUUUGCUUAUCUCCACUAAGAUGUUGUUUAUGUGUACCUCAGUGAGAAAUGUAUUGUAAUAACAUGUUUUAUUACCUUGGAUUAUUGUGUAUCCAGGUUUCUGUUUUACCCUAUUUUGUGUGUUUGAGACCAACAUUCAUCUGAUCUUACAAGCAGGAAGUCAGUCAGAGUUGUGGGUGUAGCUGAGAGAAAGUCUGCCUUUAUAUAGCCUACUAUAUAAAUAUAUGCAGGACAUUCAUGGUUGUUGCAUUCAUUUGAAUGGUCAGGGUAAUUUAUAGCCUAUUCAAUAGUUAUUAACAACAUUUUACUCACAUUUUAGUGGAUAAAACUGAUUUAGCACCCCCACUCCCAGAGCCUAUGCAAGUAAAGCAAGGUGCUAUCUAUAAAAUAAUGCUUUAUUUUAUAAAAUAAUGCUUUAUUUUAUGGGCCCGUAAUUCACGAAUACUUUUCUGCGACAUUUCCUCAAAAGAACAACGCAAUUUAGUUCCAAUUAUACGGAAAUGUGAGUUUUGAUAAAAGGGCUGCUCCAACAAAGAUCACAGAUUCAUUGUUAUCCAUGAAAAGAUCCCCAAACCCGAUUGGACCCGCGACCCGUUUCAGGCCCAAAAGUGCUGCCAUAGGUCGGACUGGGGUCGGGCUUAGACAGAAUCCGAUUUUUAAACAUAUAUAGCCUAUCUAUAUAGUAUAUAGCCUAUAUAUCAAUAUUAUAUUAAUAAUGCAAGCAACUGUAAUUAAUAAGUGAUUUUGUUAUUAGUGUUUAUAAUAAUUUGCACUAUAUUACAUGCACGAUACAGUUAGCUUGCCGGGACUUGGCCCCAAAACUGUGUCUGGGGUUCGCACAGAUUGUUUUCGGAUUCGGGUUGGGACUUUACUCCAGACAUGCUUGGAACAAUAAUGCGUGUCUGCUUUGAAGUCUUCUUAUUGGGCCACAUCAACAAACUUAAUGUUUAUUCAUUUUAUCUGGUAAAUAUCAUUAAUGUGGCCCCUGGCCUCCUGUCAUCUUGUAAAAGUGGCCCCUGGGGCGGGCACUAGGUCUAGGUUGGUCUGAGCUACUCCAGUCUGUGGCGUUUCUUUUUUCUGAAUGGAUGAUUACUGUCUGGGUCUGGGUCUGGGCCCUCCCCCCCUAUCCGCCGUCCACCAUUGUCACCAGCUCCCUCCCCCCUCCCCUCAUGGAUCACUGAAAGGAGGAGAGAGAGGGGGCGGGCUCUAAACCACACACACACACACACACACACACACACACUCUGCUCAGCUGCUGCUCAGCUGAAAGACCCUCGGGGCAGCAGUGUAUCACAGGAUGCUGCUAGGAUGAGGACGGCCCAUGUACCACACGGAGCUCCAGGGCCGUGAUGUAGGCUGUGUGCUCGGGGUGGGCGCCGCUGACAGGCCGCUGGACUGGUCGCUCCUCUCCGCCCCUCGACAGCCGGACGGGGCUCCUUGCCUUAUGCGAAGCAGAACGGUCCCGGGAAGCUCCUCCAGCAACGCAAGGUCCAAUGGUUUUUGCUCCUGCAACUGCACCAGAGCCCAGAGACAGGGCAUGGAUAUAUCUGAACUGGAGUUUGUUCAGAUAAUAAUAAUCGUGCUGGUGAUGACCUUCAUGAUAGUUGUGAUCAUCUGCCUACUCAACCACUAUCGGCUGCCGGCCCUGGCCUUCCUCAGCAGGCUCAGCCAUACCCAGAGAGACCAGGCCACACAACUGGAUGGCAGUGAGUGGCCAGACAGUGUGCUGACACAGCAGAGAAACAGUGAGGUGAUGUAUGGCCAUCUCAACAGCAACCUGCCACCCUUCAUGCAGCAGCGCCAACUGUGUCGCUUCCAGCCCACCUACCCCUACCUGCAGCAGGAGAUCAUCAACCUUCCUCCCAUCAUCUGCCUGUCAGACGGGGAGGAGCUGCUGCCCUACAAGGGUCCCUGCACCUUACAGCUCCGCCACCCAGAGCAGCAGCUGGAGCUGAUCCGAGCUGCCGUGCGCGCUCCUCCAAACCGGACCGUCUUUGAUAGUGACCUCAUAGACAUUUAUAUACAUAGCAAGAGUCUGCAGCCCUGCAGCAGUAACUUGGGACCCAACGGAACCAACAAUGCCAGGAUGGAGGGUCCCCCACCCUCCUACAGUGAGGUGAUGGGGGGCUCUACAGGCUGUUACAGCAAUAAUGACAGGUCAGGACCAGAGAGCUCACAGACAGUAUGCCAGACUGGCAGCAGUGAAAGCACAGUAAAGGCCUCCACUGACUUAAACAAGAACAGCUGACAGAAGAAACCAUUCUGAGAGAGGAAAGAGGAACACCGCGGUCCUUACGCUCCACAUUUCUUCAGUGGGGGGGAGAAGCUCUACUCACACAUGAAACACAAACUAAUCCCAGGGGCUGAACUGUUUUUAUGUAAGAUUACAUUUUUAUUAGGUACUAAAUCUGCUCUGGGUGUCUAUUUUUGUAUGCUUACAUUACUGCAUAUUGACAUGGUGGACAUUCAGACUUCAGUACAGUUAUUUGAAAGUAAGCAUUUCUCCGUGUUGAUUUAUUAGACCUGUGCACAAACAGCAAAUGAGUGCCACGAUUCCCACCGUCAUUAGUCACUGGAACAUACUGUAGUUUGUCAUUAAAGCAAAUCUGAAGUUGCACUGACUAAUACUGCAUUCACAUGGGUUCAGACAGAUGGUAGACACUAACUGGGUGUCAGUGAUUUUAGUGGAUGAAAACAGGACAGUAGACGCAGGUGAGGCCAGCAGAGAAUACUGGCAACGGUAACGAUACACAGCAUUGCCAUCCAAAGAUCGAGUAUUUGAACUUUUUGUCAUCCUGCCAUGGUAUUUAAAACUGGAUGUUACGCAGCUCCCUCGCAGAAGGAGAAGACAUGGGCAAUGUGGACAAUGAGAGGCUAGUAAUUAAUACAGUACAGAAAAAUAAUGUGCACAAAUCAUUUUAUUUAACAUAUUUAUUUGAUUCUUUGUGAACAAUAUGAUAUCACCAUAGCAACAUACUGUCAUGCGUGUUUUUGCCGUUCUGUUGGACUGAAUUUUUCCUGUGCUGUGAGGAGGGUGCUGUCCACCGUCAGCCUGAAUGCAUGUGAAUUCAGAAGAAAUGGGAAUAUUCUUUGUUUUUGUUUUGUGCGACAAAACUCUGCUCUGGUUUUAAGGACUAUUACAGGUUAAACUGUGAGCUGUUUCUCUGUUUGACAUUGCUGAGCUUUGUUUGGAUGUCACCAUCUUAAGCACUUUAAGCUUUUGUUCAAGCAAAAGACAGACAGAAUUAUGGGAAGAAUUGUGUUCCGCUUUGAGUCAUGCAUAGCAAUACCACACUGUCUCAUCGAGUGCCAUUGCUUUUGAACUGCAAUGACUUGAGUUUAUGCUCAUGCUGAACCUUUUGAAUUUCUUUCAUUAUUUUAAUUAAUAAAAUGAAGUUAACUCAAAUAUGAAGUCGAUUACAUUUAAAGGAACAGUGUGUAGGGUUUAGUUGCAUCUAGCGGUGAGAUUGCAAAUUGCAACCAACUCAAACUCCUAGAGCAAGAGUAAGACCAAACCAAGCAUGAAGGAGAAACUGUGGUGGCCACAAAACUUGUGAAAGGCCUUAUCUAUAGCCAUUGUUUGGUUUGUCCAUUCUGGGCUACUGUAGAACCAUUGCAGCCUCUGUAGAAAAGAACUUGCUUGAUUUAAAGCUGCAGUAGAUCAAUUCUUUUUAUUUAAAAAAAAACUUUAAAAUAUUAGCUGAAACUUUCACUAUAUCCUGAGACAGAUAAUCUGUGAAACAAUCAGGUUCCUCUGGUUCCUCCUAGUGCUCCUAAUGGUAUUUACAAGAAUCCACCGGGCCUGAACGAAAACAACCAAUCAGAGCAGAGAAAGAUAUAAAGACUCUUUGGGUUAGAAGCUUGAAGAUAGUUGAUGAGUCUCAUUCCCUGGAUCCAAAGCAUCUGUAUUUGACACCACGGAAAUUAGACUCAACAAUCAACUUCCUUUAAGCUUCCAACCUAAAGUGUCUUUCUAUCUUUCUCCGCUCUGAUUGGAUGUUUUCCCUGUGGAUUCUUGCAAAUAUCAUUAGGAACAAUAGGAGAAGCCAGAGGAACCUGAUUCUUUCACAGAUUAUCUGUCUCAUGUAUUACUGUGAGGAUAUAAAAUUUCAGCAAAUGAGAUGAGAUUAGUACUCAAAUUAACUGGAACAGUUUGCCCUUACAAUAAUACAUUUUUUUACACAUCUAAAACCUGCCACUGUGUAGCCGUAGUAAUGCACUGAUUCAGUUUCAGCUUCAACAAUGAGAUUGAGUUUAAAUUGAGAAGUUCAGUAUGAGCAGAACUGAUCUCACAUCAGACCUGUUCCAACAAAACAAACAAACAUGUUUAUAAUGUCAAAUAAACUUCAUAAUCAGUGUUAUUUCUCCUUGAGACUCACUGAUAACAGGAUAUCAAAGCAAUAUCUCUACCUAGACAGAACUUUUUUAAAAAUGCUUUUGAGACCUAAUUGCCAUGGAGCCAUUCUUGUUUGUGGAUAUGCUUUGGAAACCACAUUAAAAAUGUAUAUUUUUAUUUAUUUAUUUUUAUUUAUUUGAUGCUGCAGCUUGAGGAAAUGUUUGGCAAAGCCUGUAAUAAUUUGUUCAUGUUUAUGCCAUAGUUCAGGGAGUUUUGGCUCCAUCUGUCUUUUUUCUCGUGUCACUCUCAGAGAACCCAGGUUACAUGUUGCUCUCUGCUUCAGCCACACGCUGCUGCUGCUGCUGCCGCUGCUGCUGUCAGUACACUUUUACAAUGUUGUGUUUAAAUUGUUGUUUAGGAAAAAAAUAUUUAAAGUAGAGUUUGUAUUUUUCCUCUCAAACUAGCUUUUUUGCUCAGUUUGCCCGAGUUUACAGUUUUCCUGACUUGUUUCGGGGAACGUUUGCAUGUUACGUGGAAAGGAGCUAACUCGGUGCCUGAUGGUGACACUGCGUUGGCCACAGGAAACCACUUGCACUUAAAAAGCUCCCACCUCUGUUGUGCCUCACUUCAACUGGUGCUUAUUCAGCAGUGUGACUCUUGAGUCUUGAUAUUUACAGUACUGUAAAGACCGCAAGAGAACAUUGAUACUGUAAUAAUGCAAACAAUAAAGCAAAGAGAAUGCAUCAGAAAGGUGAA